AUGGCACUGAAAGGCCGAGCCCUCUAUGACUUUCGCAGCGAGAACAAAGAGGAAAUCAGCAUCCAGCAGGAUGAGGACCUGGUCAUCUUCAGUGAGACCUCGCUGGAUGGCUGGCUGCAGGGCCAGAACAGCCGCGGUGAGACAGGGCUCUUCCCUGCCUCUUACGUAGAGAUCAUCCGUUCUGGUGCCAGCUCCAACCAUGCCGACUAUUCCAGCAGCCCAGGCUCUCUGGGCACCCAGGUGAGCUUGUAUGACAGCUCCAGUGUGGCCAGUCCUUCCAGGAGUGGUGGCGGUGGUGGCUUCCUCUCACACCAGGGCAGCUUUGAGGAAGACGACGACGAUGACUGGGAUGACUGGGACGACGGAUGCACAGUGGUAGAGGAGCCUCGGGCCGGUGGGCUGGGCACCAACGGGCACCCCCCUCUCAACCUCUCUUACCCUGGUGCCUACCCCAGCCAGCACAUGGCCUACCGGCCCAAGCCACCCCUGGAGCGACAGGACAGCCUGGCAUCUGCCAAGCGUGGCAGCGUGGUGGGGCGUAACCUCAACCGUUUCUCAUGCUUUGUGCGCUCUGGGGUGGAGGCCUUUAUCCUGGGUGAUGUGCCCAUGAUGGCCAAGAUCGCUGAGACAUACUCCAUUGAAAUGGGCCCUCGUGGCCCCCAGUGGAAGGCCAACCCCCACCCAUUUGCCUGUUCAGUGGAGGACCCCACCAAACAGACCAAAUUCAAGGGCAUCAAAAGCUACAUCUCCUACAAGCUCACACCUACCCACGCUGGCUCACCAGUCUACCGGCGCUACAAACACUUCGACUGGCUCUAUAACCGCCUGCUGCACAAGUUCACUGUCAUCUCCGUUCCCCACCUGCCAGAGAAGCAGGCCACAGGCCGCUUCGAGGAGGACUUUAUUGAGAAGCGGAAGCGUCGGCUCAUCCUCUGGAUGGACCACAUGACAAGCCACCCCGUGCUGUCCCAGUAUGAGGGCUUCCAGCAUUUCCUCAGCUGCCUGGAUGACAAGCAGUGGAAGAUGGGCAAACGCAGGGCAGAGAAGGAUGAGAUGGUGGGUGCCAGCUUCCUGCUCACCUUCCAGAUCCCCACGGAGCACCAGGACCUGCAGGAUGUGGAGGACCGUGUGGACACCUUCAAGGCCUUCAGCAAGAAGAUGGACGACAGUGUCCUGCAGCUCAGCACCGUAGCAUCAGAGCUGGUGCGCAAGCACGUGGGGGGCUUCCGCAAGGAAUUCCAGAAGCUGGGCAAUGCCUUCCAGGCCAUCAGUCAUGCCUUCCAGUUGGACCCCCCCUUUAGCUCCGAGGCCCUCAACAGUGCUAUUUCUCACACGGGCCGUACCUAUGAAGCUGUGGGUGAGAUGUUUGCUGAGCAGCCCAAGAACGACCUCUUCCAGAUGCUCGACACGCUAUCUCUCUACCAGGGCCUGCUGUCCAACUUCCCUGACAUCAUCCACCUGCAGAAAGGCGCCUUCGCCAAGGUGAAGGAGAGCCAACGCAUGAGUGACGAGGGCCGCAUGGCACAGGACGAGGCAGAUGGCAUUCGUAGGCGCUGCCGCGUGGUGGGCUUCGCCCUGCAGGCUGAAAUGAACCACUUCCACCAGCGCCGUGAGCUCGACUUCAAGCACAUGAUGCAGAACUACCUGCGCCAGCAGAUCCUCUUCUACCAGCGGGUAGGCCAGCAGCUGGAGAAGACGCUGCGCAUGUAUGACAACCUCUGAUCAUGUGUACCUGGCCCCCACCCUGCCCCCGGGCCUGGUCGCCGCAGUGCACUCCGCUCUCUUGACCUCCCCACACCAGCAGUGGCUGGGAGGGGAUGGGGUGGGCUUUGGAGGAGUCCUGGGUACCCCCGGGGAAGUCUCCCAGCCCUUAGAGGUAGGGGCACAGAAGGGGUGAGAGUGGGGUCAGGAAGCUUCUGGGCUGAGGUCUGGGCUGCUGGUCAUUUGCUUGAGGCCGGGCCACAGUCUUAGCCUCCCCUAGAACCUACAGUACUUGCUCACCUGGCUACCACCCCCUCGUCCAUUCAGCAGGCACCAGGGCCUGCUGCAGCUCCGGGUCAGAUGCUGGGCACCCGGGACUGCGACAUGCCUGCCCUCAGGGAGUCCCCAGUAGAGGUAGGGUCAGACACAGAACCAGAUGAGGGCAAUGCAGAAUGAUUGAUGGUAAAUAAGGGGUUCCUGGGAGCUUAAAGAAAGAACCACUCAUUCUGUUGGUCAGGAAAGGCUCCAUAGAGUAGGUGACAUUUGAGUAGUGUUUUGGAGAAUGACAGAGACCUGCCAGACAGUAAAUGGGGACAGUAGAUGAGAGAUGGGGUGGGGGUGGGGGGAGACAUUCAGAAGAGAGGAAUAGCAUGGGCAAGGAUGUGGAGGAAUGAAAACACCCCUUCCUCCCACCUUUACUUUUCCCAAGUAAGUUUCGUGCCCCCUCGGUGGAGAUUCUGGACUGUGUGAUGGAGGGGAGGGAUCUUCUUUCUCCUGUGUCCCUGUCCCUGCCUCACCUUGUCCCCUCUGGAGGAGCUGCGGGCCAACUCCCUCCUGUCUCCCCUCCACCUGCUGAGCCUCCAUUACCCCUUGGCUAGGGGACCAUGCAGCAUCUUUACCCUGGGCUCAAGGUGCUGAGACAGGCCACUGACCCCAGGACAUUGGUGGCACCUUUCUGGAAAGGACACCCAGAAGUUACCAGAUAUUUGAGUUCACCAGCAAUAGCUCUCCACAUUCCGAGCAGGCUCGGGCCCCAGGCUUCCAGGGUCCUCAGACCCAGUGACUCCCGGAACCCUUUCUGUGGCACAGAGGGAAGGCCAAGAUGGGCUGGCUUGCCCACUGCCCCAGAAGCCCUGGGCCCGCAUGCCCAUGGCCAGCCUCACUGUGAUGUCAGCCCCAGCUCCCUCCCUGGCCAGGUUGUGCUGUCUCCCACGAGUGUUUACAUCCUCCAGGGGGCUACUCCUUCCCCCUAGGCCUGGGCAUGGGCCAGCUGUGGGUUGGGGGAACUGACAGGUGCCACUGCUGGCCCCCCCCUUGGGAGGUCAUGGCCACUCCUGGCUCCUGCUGCUUGAAUCUUUUUUCUUUCUUGUUUUCUUGAUAAACCUUUUGCAAUUAAGAUAACAAAAGCAUGGCUUUUUUGUUUGGAUCCUGCAGGGAUUGAGUGUGGGGGAAGGAUGGAACCCUAAGUUUCCCUGGGAGCUAUUGGAUUAUAAGGUUAUGUUGGGCACAAAACCUGUAAAAUUUGGGGGAGGACUGUGCUGGUGGCAGGUGCUGGCUGGGGAGCUAGAGGUGGCCAUGGGCCCCAGCCGGACUCACACCCCUCCCAGACCUCACUCUCCUCAUCUCUCAAAUGGGUGGAGUCCUGCUAGGGUUUGGCUGUGCUCCGUGAUUUCAGACUGAGGGUUGCCCGAGGAAGGGAUAGGAGGCCCUGCCCCACACAACCUAAUUGUUCCUCUCCCCAGGGAGGCAUGCUCCAGCUUUGCCCCCAGGAAAGCCCUGGUCCAGGAGAGGUGGGAGGGGACUCAGAAAUUGUGUCCUUCCCCAAAGAGUCCCGGGUGUCCAGGCCGGGGGUGGCUUCCAUGCUGGAAACCAAGAAGGUCCUCCCCAGCGGGGCCCUCAGCGGUGUCCCAGUCAGUAUGAGCAGGAAUCAAUGGGAAGGAGGGCAAGGGGGACUCGGUGGAGGGAGGGCUGGUAGGUUCGGGGCCUCAAGGGAGGCUUUGGCCAGGCCAGGGGCCCAGGGAGCUUGUGGCAGUGAGAGGGGGGUAAGGAAUGGCCAGUGCAGUGGGGAAAGGGCAGCAAAAGCUCUCCGUUCAGGGCAGAGCACCCUCUGGCCCUAGGUCAAAAUUAGGUCAGAUUUGGGACUUUCUGUGGAAUUUUCCCCUCCCUCCUCCCUGCCCUCCUUCCUUCAUUUUCCAACCCACCCAAGGGCCUUCCCGCCCUUAACCUCUUCACAGCUUUGACCUCCAAGCAGCCUUCUGUAGAGGGAACUCUGACCACAAUGGGGGAGUCUCCUUACUGAGGCCAGUCUGGGUAGGAGUGGUGGGAAUGCCUUUCUUAACCCACAGUGCCUGGAAAGUCCCCUGUUCGUGCUUCCUGCCCUGGGAAUAGCACGACCCUCUUGUGUCCCUUUCUUUAGAGGGGGAGCCACCUCCCAUGCCUCCCAGCCUUAGGGUGAGGGAAGCAGUCUGACAUUUUUCUCAGGAGGGGCUUGGACCUAGGAGGAGAGUCCAAAUGUGAAGUCUUGGGACUGGCCAGGUCUAUGCUGUAGGCAUCCUGAGAUCUCUAGGCUGGGGCAGGCCCGUGUAUAGUGGGGAGUGAGGAUGUCACAGCCAUUCUCUCUGUUUCUUUAUGUCUCUGUGUAGCUUGAGGUAUUGGGGGUGGGGUGUGUGUGUGUAUGGUGGGGGGAAUUUGAGAUGGAUCUGGGCUGACUGGAGCCCUUUCAGCAGGGCCCUGGGGGACCGGUAGGGGGGGUGGGGGAGCAUCCUGGUGGUGGCAGAGGCUGCUGGCUGGCCUCGGUCACAUGCCAGGCAGAUGUUCCAGACUGAGCUGGGCCCAACUGCCUCCAAUUCCCUCCCUCACUUUGCUCUGAGGGGGUUGGAGAACAAGGCCCCUCUUUCUGCCCUGGGCAGCUAUCAGGACCUGGGGUGGGGGUGAUCAUGAGCCCUGAUCCCUGGUCUUGGCCCAGCCCAGGAAAGGAGUUUGCUUUGUGGCCACAUGUGGGGGUUGGGGAUGGAGGCAGCCCUCAGAUCCUGCAUCCUGGCUCCCGGACACACCGGAAGGCCAUGAACUGCUAUGCCACGGCAGUGCCACGACUGGAGCAGAGCCAAGCCUGCGUGAGGCAGGCCGACAGGUAGUUCCGGACCCAGCUGAGCACCCCUCCUCCUUCCCGUGGCACUGCCAUGUAGCCAGCCACAUGUCCACGUGGUCGCAGGUAUAGUCGCCUAACCCAAAGCAGGCGCAGCCACGUGCAGCCACAUACCCUGCCCACAAGCAUGUAGGCUACCCCUGACCAUAUGUACACGUAUGCAGUCAUGUGCUCACACAGUUUCACUCCCAGCCACGGUGCCACACGCUGUCACACAUUCACAGCCACAUCCACACGUGGCCACAUCCACACACAUGCCAUAGUCCCUUCACAUAGCCAUACCCCACCCUCACUCACGGUCAUACCGCCGUCCUACCCUCGCAGAGCGACACGCGCAGGUACUCAGACGCACGGCCCCAAGUUGCACACGCUCAUAGCAAAGGUGUCACACAGGUAGCUGCUUCUAGACUGCACCUGCACCCUCUGCUGGGAGAGCCAGUGGCAUCACCCAUUGUACAGACAGGGAACUCGAGGUCUAGCGAGCGGCUGGCCGUGUCACCCGCAGGGGCCAGAAUGUAUUCAAGGGCCUGAGCUUAGCUCCCAGUAGCCCUGCGGCCAGUCCCCAGGGCCAGUCCCUACUGCCUCCAUUACCCCCUGGCUGAACCCACCCAACAAAGCUCCAGGCAUCUCCUAUCUCUCCAGCCAGAGCUGAGGCUGCAGCGUCCAUAUGAGCAAGAGCCAGGAUGCGGUGGGCAGGGCCCAGGCCUGGGCGGGAGGAACAUUCCUGCACCAUCUCCUCCCCAAGCCUGCGAAGACUGGGCCCGCCCUGCCUGCCUGCCCGCUGACUCAGGCCUCCUGGAGCCAAGUCUGCUUGUCCCCAGCCCCCCGCCAACCUGCUUCCCUACCAGCUCAGCUCCAGCGCGCCUCUGACGGCUGGGGUAGGAGACCAUGCAUGAGCCCUGGCCAAAAGAGCAUGGGGAGAACUAAAAUUUACCUCCCCCAGACAUAGCUCAGAAGGGCUGAUUGUGAAACCCAGUCCCAGGGUUCAGGAUAGUUUAACACAAAGCCUUUUUCCUUUGGCUUGGUUUUUUUGUUAGUCAAACCCUAGUGCAGUCCAGGCUGUUUAGAAAACAGUCUCCCAUGGCUGUGGCCUCCUUGGUCCUCACAGCAGUCCUGGGAGGCGUCAUUAUUCCAUUUCACAGACGAAGGGACUGAGGCCUGGCCGGAGGGAGGAUGGGGCCGGGUUGGGAUCACACCCUGAGACCAAGGUGGAGCUGGACUCGAACCCAGCUCUCCGACUUCGUUCCUCAACGUCUUGACUGACUCACUUAGGUCUGAGGGAAAAGGAGGUAGCAGAGCUCCGCUCCACAGGUGAAAGAAUGGGAGCUGGCCGACCCAACUGCUGACAUGUGAUAGGGGCUUGUGGGUAGCGUGAGUCCUGCCAGCCCUCAGGGACGAAGAGGCUACAGUGGCCCUGCACGGUGGCCAUGGCAUUGACCCAGGACCUCCGUUUACAGAUGAACGUGUGUGAGGAGCAUCACUUCAUUUCUCUGCAACUGACUGGAAUUUCUUUUCUUUUCUUAAAAAAACAUUUUUUUAAUGUUUAUUUUUGAGAGAGAGAGAGAGAGAGAGAGUGAGUGCAAGUGGGGGAGGGGGCAGAGAGAGAGAGAUACACACACAGAAUCCAAAGCAGGUUCCAGGCUCCGAGCUGUCAGCACAGAGCCUGACGCUGGGCUCAAACUCCUGAACCAAGAGAUCAUGACCUGAGCCGAAGUCAGACACUUAACUGACUCAGCCACCCACAGGCGCCCCCAGAAUUUCUUUUUUUGCUUUCUCUUUCCCUCACAUGAUAGAAAAGGAAUCUCAAGUCAGUUUGGGGACCCCUCCUUUCUGCUGGGAUGCAUAUAAGUUUUGGGGAAUGGCACUUUUCAAGACAUGGGCAGGCCUCUGGCACUUUGAAUUUUAGAGGCUGAAUCCCACACCCUAUCACACACAUGAAAAUUUGCCUGUGUCCCACAUUAAAGGUCAUUCAUUUCUA